CUGUUUUUAUAUUUUACGCUUCUUAACAUUUUAAUUGGUGAAAGAGACUCAUCCGCAAUAUAUGAAAUUUUUGUUUAGUUUGUAAAUAUGGAGAACAAUUUACCGAGUGCAUCUUCCAUUAACACAAGAACGGAAACAGUUGACGUAACGGAUGCAUCUGCAGGAAACGGACAGAGGCAGACUCAAAACGUUCCAACUCUUGUGCUGCGUUUGGAACAGCCGCGAGAUGAACGGCGUGUGGUCUUUCACGAGGGAGUCAUAGAUAACGAACAUAUGAAUAAGAAAAAGUCCAAAUGCUGUUGCAUCUACAGAAAGCCUCUGGCUUUUGGCGAGAGCUCUUCGGAAGAUGACGAGGACUGCGAGCACUGUUUUGGUCAUCCAGAGAAGCGCAGAAGGAAUCGAAAAAAGCAUGAUCAUGGUAAUGGCCAUGAUCAUGAUCAUGCGGUUGAUGAUGUUGGUGACUCAUGUGGUUUGCGACGAAAUGAAGGAGCCUCGACGUCCUCGCAGACUCAGCAAGAAGAUGAAAAUGCAGCACAUCCAGCAGCAACAGCAACGCCACCACCAACACCAACAACUCCAGCGCCAGAAUCCUCAAUUGAAAAACCAUUACCCACCGGUAAUUAAAAUUCCAAGAAGAGUUGCAUGCUUCAAAUGUUUAAAUAGAUGUCGCGAUAAAGUUGAUGUCACAGGUCGCAGGCACGUAAGUGUGAUGGUUUGGAGAGAAUACGGUUGGUUGUGCCUGCCACCUUCAAUUCUUGGGCUUCAGCUCAAAGGACUCGCUAACAUUUGGGCUAAUGUUGAAAGCCUUCGCCUUGGCCCGCGAGCGCCACACCUAAAAAUAACAAAUGUUGUGUUAAAUUAUUGAAAUAAUUCGGUAUAAGAUAUUGUUUAAGUUUUAAUGUUUAACAUUUUACUAAUUAUACCACAAAUCUUUUAGUUAUAUUUUAAAUUCAUCACAAACUAAUUAAAGUUGAACAUUUACCGAUUGAUUUA